AUGGGGUUAGAUGCAGAGAAAAACAAAUAUGACCUUAUAGAUGUAGAACCCAAAAGUAUAGAAUUUUAUUACGAUAGCAUAGAAAGCUUCGAAGAGUUUGUUGAAAAAAAAAAAAAAGUGAUAGAAAAAAAAGUUAUAAAAAUAAAAAAUAUAUGCACAAAAAUUCAAAACAUAAAAAUAUUUGAAUCGGAAUCAAAAUAUUUAAAAAUAAAAGGAGUAAAAAAAAAAAAACUUAUUCCAGGUACUUAUGAAAAAAUACUAGUCGAAUUUUCAUUUUUUGAUAUAAAUAUAAAUAAAUAUAAAUAUGAAAAGAUAAGAAAUGUUUUAGAUAUAAUAAAUAAUAUUGAGGGUACUAUAAAUGUAAAAAUACAAAGUGAGUAUACAACAUUGUAUAUUCCUAUAUAUAUAAAAAAAAAAGUUCCUGUAUUUAAAUUUAAUAAUAUAUUUAAUCUGGGAUUAUGUAAAACAAAUCUAAUUUAUGAUAUAAAAGUAGAAGUAAAAAAUGUUGGAAAUAAAAAAGGCUCUUUAUCUAUAUGUCUAGACAGCAUAAAUAAUGAAGUCCCUAAAGGUGACGACGAAAUUCAAUUUUCAAGCGACCCAAGCAAAAACAAAAAUAUAAAAAAUGAGGAGAAUAAAAAUUGUAAUACCCUUUCAAAUUGUGAUAGUAAAAAUAAUGGAGAAGAUAAUUUUUUCAUUUAUUUUGAUAAGAAUACAAUUUGUCUAAACCCGAAUGCGAGUACCAUAAUUAAUAUUAAAAUAAAAAAUAGACAUGAAGAAAAAAUUCAACAAACUUAUAAAAUAAUUACACAAGAAUAUAGUUACUUUUCUCAAACUCCUAAAAAUUUAACUAUUAUUGCAUUUUUUAUAAAUAGUCAAGUAUCAUUUAUUUAUGAACAUAUGAAAACAAAUCAAAUAAAUUUGAAUUACAUUUAUUUUGGAAAUUCGAAAAAAAUUAAUGCACAAAUAAAAAAUGAAAAUCAAUAUCCAGUUAUUUGUAAAUUAAAAAAAACACAAGUCAAAAUGUUUUAUGAUGUCAAGGCCUUUGCUUCCCAUGCUGUUGACAGAGGUGUCGAUGUCCGGACUCUCUUGAGAGAUUUGGAUAAAUUUCCCGAACUUGAUAUUAACAAUGAUGAAAAGAAAAAAAGUGAAAAUAUUUUAGAUGUAAGAAAUAGUUUAAAAUUAGAAGAUAAAAUAAAAAUAAAGUUAGACAAAAAAAAUGAUAUUUAUUUUAUAGAUAAACAAAGUUGUACUGAUGUUGUUUUAGAUAUUGAAAUAGAAUGUUGUAUGGAUAUUUUAAAUAAAAUCGAUAAAAAUUAUUCAUAUUUGCUAAACUACCCAGUGAUGGCAGAAAUAUCAAUAACAGCAAAUAAAUGUGAUGAAAAGGUAGAAGAAAAAUACAAGGGAAAUAAUAAUAAGAAAAAAAUAGUCGAAGCAACCAAAUUGGGAAAAGGUGAAAAAAUUGACAACAAAGUGUGCAAUGACAAUUGUGAAGAGGAUUUAAAAUUUUAUGUAUUUUUUUGUCUAACAUUUCCAUCAAUCACUUCAAAUAUAUAUUUUUUAAAUUAUGAUAUGGUGAGACAAAAUGAAGAAAAAACAUUAAUUUUAGAAUUAAAUAAUUUAAAUAAAUUUCUAAAAAUAAAUUAUAAUUUUUCGAAAGUACCUCAUAUAUAUCUAAAUAAAAAAGAAGGUGUUAUAAAUCCAUUGUCUAAAGAUGUUGUUGCUAUUAAUUUAAAAUGUAAUAUAAUUAAAAAUAUAGAUGAUUAUUUAUAUCUAUUUUUUUGUAAUAAAUUAUAUUUUUUUGUGUUUUUUAUAAAAGCACAAAUAAAAAAAACAACAUCAAUAGGAAAACCAAUAAUUAUAAAAAAAGAAAAAAUGAUUGAAAAUGAUGGAAAUACGAUAGGGAUAGACAAAAGUUCAAAUGAAGAUAUAAUUUAUGAACAAAUUUUAAAAAGGUUGGAUUUAGAAAGAGUUGACAAAAAUUUAUAUUCGCUAGAUGGCAAAUUAGACAAAUAUAAAUAUAAUGAAAAAUUUAUGUCUUUUUUAAAGGAAAAUAAAAAAAAAUAUAAUGAUAUAUUAAAAUAUAUGUACAACAAAAGAGAAGGAACAAAAGAGAGAGAUGAAAUAAAAAAGGCAGCACUUGAAAAUGAUGAAAAUGAAAAAAUUAAUAAUAUAAUAAAUGAUAAAUUUAUAUAUAUAAGUGAUAAAAAAAUAAUAAAAAAUAUUAACAUGUUUAUACACAAAUCUAUAUAUGAAGAAAAAAGGAAAAAAUAUAUUGAUAUGAAAAAGAAAAAAGAAACAAAAAUAUUUAAUAUUAAAAAAGAUACUGACAAAAAAGAGGAUAUACAACUGGAAUAUAGUGAGGUAUUAGAAGAAAAUAAAAUUAAAAAUCUUAUUUUUGAUAAAACAAUUUAUUUUAAUUAUGUUUUUUAUAAUCAAGUAUAUACAAAAAUGUUUAAUGUACAUAAUAAAAAUGAUGAUUGUAAUAUAAAAAUUAAUUUCAUACAUAGUCCUAAUUUAACUUUAGAUAAAAAUUUAUUAUUUACAAGAACAAAUUCAAAAGAAAUGAUAAAAACAAACUUAUUUUUAAAACUCCCUAUGAAAAAAACAGAAAUAGAGAAUGGAAACAAAACAAUAGACACUAACGAAAUAAAAUAUAGAACUACUUGUGAUGGUGAAAGAAUUAAUUUGCAGCUUUUAACAGAUCAUACUUUAAAUCAAAAAGAAAUAAAUAAUUCUUUUAUUAACGAAAAUGAUAAAACAAAAAAUAGUUUAUUAUAUAAGACAAAUGAAUUUUCAAAUAUUAAGAAUACUUGCUUGUUCGAUCAUAAAUAUUACACAGAAAAUAUAACAUUAAAAAUUAAUGAUAAUUAUGAAGAUAUGAUAGUUGUUAAGGGAAAUAUAAUACUUUUAAAUAUAGUCAUUAAAAUAAAUAAAUUAUAUUUUUAUUUUAAAAAUUCAAACAUAUCUAUGUUUUGUGAAAAUAAUUUAAUCUUAUAUAAUCCGUUUAAUAUUCCUAUCCCUAUUACACUUGAAUUUUCCAAAAACAUUUUUGAAACACAAAACAAACUUGUUAUAAACCCUAAUGAAUAUAAGACAGUGGCAAUAAAAUUUAUAGGAACACAAAAUGUUGAGAAUGUGGAUAAUUUUAUUAAUUUGUAUUUAGACGAUAAUAGGCUUUACAAAAGGAUAAAAUGCAUAUUUGAUAUGAAUAAAUAUUCUUGUAAAUCAAGUGUAAAUGAAAUAAAGUUUGAGAAUAUAAUUUUAAACAAAAAAUAUUUCAAAUAUUUUUACCUGACCAAUGCAGGUGAUGCCCCAGUUGUCUUUAAUUGUGUUUCAAAACCAGAUUGUGUUAAUAUUUAUUAUAAAUAUAAUUAUAUUAAUAAGAAUGAAAAAGUUAAAAUUGUAGUUUCAGUAAAAUUAAAAGAAAAUAAACAAAUAAAAGACAAAAUAAUAUUGUCUAUUCGUGGGUCUGAUAAUAUUAUUAUUCCUAUUAUUGUUACAAAGGUAUGCUCAAGCAGCUUAUUAUUUCUGAAUGACAUUGAAAUUGAUCAAGAAACUAGAGAAUUAAAAAGAUAUGAAUUUAAUAUUGUAAAUAGGGGAGGGUGUGAAGAAAAUGUGAUUUUAAAUUUAAGUGAAUUUGAUUUUUUAAAUAUUGAAUUAAAUAAAAAAGCAGAAAAUAGAAUAAUAUAUAAUAAUAAAGAAUAUAAAAAUGUGAGAGAUAUGAAAGAUGAUUUUCUUAUUUUAAAAAAAAUAUUUAAGACAGAAUAUGAAGAUAUUAUAACCAAUGAAUAUGUAAAAUAUUAUUUUAAUAAAUUAAUAAAUUUAUAUAAUUUUUUACAUAAUUUUAGUAAAAAUAAGUUUAAAAUUAUAUUUGUAGAAAAUAAGGAUGUAAAAAGAGAUGAAAAAAAUAUGUACAAAAUAAAAAUAUCACCAAAGUGUUUUGUUUCCUUAAAUAUACAAUGUUAUUAUAAUAAUAUAAUAAAAAACGAAAUAAAAUUUAACAAAAUAUUAUUUGAAAAUAAAUAUUUACAUGAAUUAUCAAAUGAAAUUAUAAAUAUAAAUAUUCAAAAUAGCCAAUUAAAUAUAUCACCAAAUACACUUUUUUUUCAAAAUAUUUUACCUUACAACUCUGAACGGGCUUACAUAACCUAUUAUAAAAAAGAAGAUAUCCAAAAAAUAAAAUUAAAAAAUAAUUAUAGUCACCCUAUUCAAUGGGAAAUAUCAAUAUGCGAUAAAAAACGGAAAGACAGUUUACUGGCAACAUCAGUUCAUAAUUUUGUAGAAGUAGAAAGAGAGAAAAAUAUUAAAAAGAAUGGCGAGACAGAAAUAUAUAAAGUAUUUCCUAGAGCAAUCCAAAGAAAAGAUGUUCAUACAAAUACAACAAAAAUGGGAAUCCAAGAAAAUGUCAGCAAUAAAUCGAAUGAAAAAACUGAAGAAAUGUACGACCUCGAACUGAGUAAAACUAAUGGAAUAAUAAAAGAUAAUGAUGAAAUUGAGGUUGAAAUAAAAUUAAAAAAUUGUAAAAAUAUAGGAAAAUUUGUAGAUAUAUUAGAAGUGAAAACAAAUGUUGUAAACCCUGCAAAAGGAGAUAAAAUUUUAGACGAAAAAAAAUAUUGUAUAUAUAUUUUAUCAGUAGUUGAAACGCCUAGAUUAUAUUUUGAUGUUACAUAUAUAAAUAUAAUAUAUAAUAAACUAAAUGAGACAUUUACUUUCCCUUUUAAAAUAUAUAACUAUGGAUAUAGUUAUGUAAGAAUAAAUUACAAGUUUGAAAAUUUAUAUACAGAUUUUUUUUUUCUAUCAUUAGAUUUUAUACAAGGGAAUGAAAUAGACAAAAAAAGAGAACAAAUUAAUGUAGAAUUAAAAUGUAAAUCAAUUAAAAAUUUUAAAUUAAAAUCAGAAAUUAUAAUUAGUGUAUUAGAUCAUGAUAUUUAUAAAAUACCAGUGUUUAUAAAUAUUGAUGAAAACAUUGAUUAUUUUUUAGAAAAAGUUGAAUAUGAGCAUUUAGAUGCAUUAACAAGUCAGGAAAAUAAUUCCAAUUUUGAUGGGUAUAUAUCUAAAGAAAAUUCGAGAUCAAAUUUGUCUGAAAUAAUAGAUGAGGUAGUUUGGACAGAUAAAAAGUUUAACUCUAAUACUAUUAUGAAUGAUAAUACAAUUGAAAAUAAUAGGAUAAGUUGUGAAACUGAUUUUAAUAAUAAUAAAAUAAAAGAAAUAGAUAAAAAUAAAACAAAUGAUAAUUAUCAUUUUUCUAAUAGUAGUGAAAAUAAUAAUGAGAUACUCUCUUUUUAUUGUAAAAAUUUGUGUGUAGAAAAUUGUAAUAUAUUUAAAAAAAAGUGUAUAUAUAAAAAUUUAAAAAUUAAUAAUAUAAGAAAUGUAUAUUAUAAUAAAGAAAAUGAAUUCAUUGAAAUAAAUGAAGUACCAAAAGAUUAUGUUUUUGUAUUUCUUCAAAACACUUUAUUAAAUAAAAGUUGUGCUCCUACAUAUUUAGAAAAUACUAAUGAUUUAUUUUUAUUUUUUAUUAACUUGUUAAUAAGUUUUUUUCAUAUAUACCCAAACAGAAAUAUAUAUAAUUUAUUGCAUGAAAUUAAAAUAUAUCAAAAUAUUUCGAUGCAUGACUUUGAAAAAAAUAUAUUUAUCCACGAAAAUAUUCUUGCAAAUAUAAAGCAAAUUUUAAAAGGCUUAAAAGAGGAGAAACUUUUAGUAAACCACAUAAUUUAUGAAAACCUACUUCCCAUAGAUUUAUACUGUUGUCAUAUACUGGAUAAGAUACCUGACAAUUUUUACAUAAAAAGUGAAAAACCUAAAAGAGACAGUUUUAAAAUAAAAGAUAUAAAUAAUUUUAUUAAUAAUAGUGAUGAUAAAAUAUUAUAUUUUGAUCGGAUAUUAAAAACGCAUUUAAAAUUGUUUAGCUAUUCAUGGAUUACAAUAUUUUUCGAAUUAUUAAAUAAAGAAAUAUUUAGUUGUGUUAAUAUAGAGUCGUUAUAUAAAUUGAGGGGAAUUAAAUUAUGCAAUAUAGAAAACAAGGUUUAUGAAAAUAUAAAAAUUCAAAAAAUAAAUUUUUUACUUGUUUUAAAUAAAGAAGACAAUGAACUAAAUAAACAUACAAGUAUGUUAGAAAAUAUUAGAAAUAAAACAAGGAGAGAAAAAAUAUAUGGGGGUCAUGAUAUUAAUAAUAGAAAGAAAAAAAUAAAUUUUGCUCAAAUUAAUGAAGAAAAAAAAGGGAAAAAAAUUAACAAAAAAAAUAAUAAUAUUCAAAAUGGAGUUAUAAAGACAACCAAACAACCAACUACAAUAAAAAAAAUGAGUACCAAAAAAAAAGACCUAGAUUUAAAUUAUUUCAAUUUUUAUGAAAAUAAUUUAAUUGAUUUAAAAGAUUUAGUUAAUAAAAUAAACAAUGUGAAAUUACAUCCCGAUGAAGGAGAAGAUGAGAAAGGAAAAGAAAAUAAAGUGACAUUAGAAAAGUGUCAAAAUAAAAAAGCUAGAACAAACCAAACAAGCAUCUCUAAACAUUAUAAAAAUGUUGAGCAUAUACUUUUUGAAUGGCUAUAUUUCCAUUACAAUAAUGUAUAUUAUAAUAAUGUAAAAAAUGAACAAUACAUAUUUAAGAAUAAAGAAAAUGAUCUAAUUGACAACCAAAAUUGUAAUGACAAUCAACUAAAUGAUAUGCACAAAAACGAUAAUAAUCCUUCUGAAUAUAUGAAUAAUGAAAACUUCUAUACAAUUUUAGAUAGAUCUAACUUUUAUAGAGAAGAAAAGAAAAAAAAAUAUAUUACUAGCGAAAAUAAACUGAAAAUAACAAAUAUAUAUAGUUUAAAAAAUUUAGUUAUUAUAAUAUAUACAAUAAUUUCACACAUACCAUACUUUUUAUUUUUUAAAAAUAAAAUAAAAGUAGAAUGUAAAAAUAAAAAGGAUUAUAUGCAUAAUAUUGAUAUAUUGUUAGUAAUUUUAAAUGAAAUAAAGUUAGCUAAUUUAAUAACUAGACAGGUGCUUAUCGAUUUUAAUUAUAUUCACAUAUUUUUAUUCUUAAAUUGCUUAUAUUUUAUAUUACCAAAUUAUUUACCUAAAUACUAUUUAGCUGUAGAUGAUAUACCAUCUUACAAAAGUGAUCGAAUGUUAAUAAAAGAAGAAAUUGUAAAAAAAAAAAAUACUAAAAAAAGUAAAAAAUAUAUUGAUUUUCACAAAGGCAAUGAAGGGAAAAGAAAUUCUAUAAAUAGCAAUGAUAAAAGCACAGAUCAAAGUGAAAGAAUAAUAUUAAUAUAUAAUUUAAAUAAUAAUAAAUGUAAAUAUACAGUUUUUUUAAUAGGAUGUAGUAAAUAUGAAAUUGACAAAGAGUUUAUAGAAAUUGAUUCUCAUAAAUCAGAAGAAAUUAAAUUAAAAAUAGACCCAAACUAUGACAAAGCACCAUUCAAAUAUGAUUAUAAUAUUAACAUAAAAUUUCCAUCUCUUACUAAAAAAACAAAUGAUAUUCACAAAAAAGACAGCUUAAUAAACACUGAAAAUAUGGAUAGUAAUAUUUCCUACCAAAAAAGUUCAUCAAAUUAUGGAGACAAUUCUUCUAUAUCUUCUUGUUCUACUGAUAAUUUUCAACAUUCUUCAUCAGAUGAUGUAAUUCAAAAUGUUGAAGAAGAUAAUAACAUUGAAAAUAAUUUUAAUCACAAUGAAAAUUAUACCAUAUUAGUAUUACGUAAAGAAAGUUUCUUUCCAGGAGAUAAUGAUGAGGAAAAAUUCAUUUGUAUUAAACUGGUUGAAACAAAUAAGAACGAAAUAAAGACGGAAGUGAUAAGAAGUGAUAGUAACUUAUUGGUGGAAGGAAAAGAAUGGAGUAAAUUGAAUAACAAUAUAAAGUUUGGAGAAGGGAAGACAAAUAUUAAAAGUACUAAUGGGUCAAGCUCAUCAAAAAUAAAUAUAAUGUUAAAAAAUAGUGAAAUAAAAUGUUUUAAUAUGAGAGGUAAAAUAUAUGAAAAUAAAAGUGUAGAAAUAAAUAUAAUAAAUGAUAUUGAAAAAAAGGUAGACAUAAAUAUGAAUAUGUAUCAUAUAUAUGUUAAAAAUUUAAAAAAAGAAGAAAUGAAAAAGGGUAAUUUUUAUUUAGACAUAUUAAAUAAUAAGAAUAAAGAAAAUAUUAAUUAUAUAAAUAGUAAUAAUAUUGAAAGAAACAUAAGUGAUGAAAAAUUAUACAACCAAUGUGAUGCUUGUUCUUUAGUUAAUUUUAAUUUAAAAAAAAAUUUAAAUAGUGAUAAAGAUUAUUUUAGCUGUUUUUAUAUAGAAAAUAUGAAACCAUUUGUUAGUAAAGAAAAUGAGAAAAAAACGAUAACAUUACAUUUUUGUCCAUUUAUAGAAGGGUAUUAUUUAUGUUUUUUACUUUUUUGUGCUAAAGAUAUAAAUACAAAAUGUGUAAUGUCAAGUUGUAAAUUAAAUUGUUUAUUUUAUAUUAAUAAUAUAAAAGAAGACGAGAUUAUAAAAAUAAAUUCACAACUAUCAAAAUUUUCAUAUCAAAUAAAAUUAACUCCAAUAAAUAAAAGGUUUUUAAAAUGUAUACAAUAUAUUUUAUGCAACUUAAACAAAAUGGGUAAUAGCAUUUUUUUAACCUACCUAGAAAAUUAUUUAAACUAUAUAAAUAAGAUGAGCGAUAAAUUUUAUAUAGUAUAUGAUAAGGUUGAUAAAACUGGGAUAAAGGAAAAACUAGUGCCAUUCCAAAAAUGUAAUUAUAUUGAUUGUCUAAAUAAAAUGAAUGGAAAUAAUUUAUGUUUAGACAAAUUUUAUGAUGAAGUAAAAGAAAAAAAUAACUAUACAUAUGAGUUUAAUAUUAAUGAAGAAAAUACAGGGGUAUAUGAAUAUAACAUUAUUUUGAUGGCAGACAAUGAAGAUACAAACAAUUCUAUGCAAUCACUAGAAUAUGAUAAAUUUAAAAUAUCUAAAACAAAUGAAAAUAAUGGAUAUAAUUCAUUUAAUAAGUUGUAUAAAAUAAUUGCAAAUAUUAAUAAAAAAGAAAAUAAUGAUAUAUUGAGUGUAAUAUUUAAUCAGAAUGCAUAUUUAUUGUCAAAAAAAAGGGUAUCUAUAUAUAAUUACACUAAUGACAACUUAAUAUAUAAAUGUUCUAGUAGUGAAAUAUUAGACAAGAAUGGCCAAAAAAUAAAUUACAAAAUAUUUAAUUAUGAUGAAUAUAUUGAAAUAGAUAAAGAUGUAGAAUUAUUUAAUUUUGAAAUACGAUGUUACUCAAUUGUAGAAGUGGUAUGUUCAUGUUUUAUAAUUUUGACUAAUGUAAAAAAUGAAAAAGAUGUAAUAAAAAUUAAAGUAGAAGCAAAUAUUAUGAAACCAUAUCCUAAAGAUACAAUUAAUUUAAAAAUAUUAAAUAAAAUGAAAAAAGCAGUAAGUAUUGAAAUUUAUAAUGAAUUAGAUUUUCAUUGUGAAUAUAAAAUUUAUUCAGAUUUAUCAAUUAUAUUUGGUGAACAUAAAAUAGAAAUGCUUCCAAAGCAAAAGAAGGUAUAUACUUUUUUUGUUAGGAGUAUACAUAUAGGGGAAUUUAUUGGAUGUAUUAUAUUUAAAUGUUUUCGAUUAUUAGAUGAGAAUAGUAUGAAAGAUUCUAGAGGCAUUAUUAGAAGUGAUUCUAAUAUUACAUCUAAAAAUUUUUCUUUGAUAGAUUCUUUUUUUUGGUAUAAGUUAAAGAUUACUGUAGAUUUGAACAAGCCAAUUAAUGUUUUAAUGCUCGAAAGUAAUGUAGGCGAUAUAUUAAAUAAAGAAAUUGUAUUAAAAAAUAAUGGAAAUAAAAAAGAAGAAUAUUUUUUACUUUCAUAUAUGAAUGAAUAUAUAGAAAAAAAGAAAAUUGAAAUACCUGCAAAAGAUGCAUAUAUACACACAAUCAAAUAUGCUCCUAGAAUACCAAAUUAUUUUGACAAUAUUAUAAAACAUGAAAAUGAUGAAGAUGCAAAAGAUUUGAUAAAUUUUAGGUUAGAUAGGGAAAACGAAAACAGUUCAAAAGAUAGCCAAAAGAACAGAACUGAAUGUAUGGGAAAAGAUGAGUCAAAACAAAAUGGGAGUAUAAAAUUUUCAGACAUUUCAAGUGAAUUAUCAAAUUUUUAUUUCCUUCAAAAUGAAGGGGAUUGUUUACAAAAAAGUAUAACAAAAAAAUUAAAUUUAGAAAAAAAUGAAAAAAAAAUAUUUGAUGAAUUAAUAAAAUAUUGUGAAAAAUAUAUAAAUAUAGAUAUAAAAUAUACAAGUCAUAAUAUUGGUUUUUUUUUUAUAUAUAAUAAAAAUGAAGGUGUAAAUUAUUAUAUAUUAAUAUUAUUAGCUAGAUUGCGUAAUCAGCUAAAUAUUAGUAACUUCACUUCUUUACUAUCAAAAUCAUGUUUAAUACAUUUGAGUUUCGAAUUUUCUAAUAAAAGUAAAAGAUAUGUAAACAAAUUAAAAGAGGAUCAAACAAAUUCGAAUUAUUAUUAUCAGGUUGGCGAAUAUAUUGAGGAAAGAAGUGGAGAAAUAGAUGAAGUAGACAAUGUUGAAAAGUCUGUAAUAGAUAACGAGUUUGAGAUUUACAAUAAUAAAAUGGGAACGAAUAGUUUAGACAGUCUUUCUAGUACCAUCGAUUAUGAAAAAAUAAACGAUAUUGAAAACAAAAUUGUUGAUGUGAAAAAAGAAAAAAUGAUGAGUCCCGAUAUAAAGGGGAUAUAUCUAAGUAAUAAAACAAAUUAUAGCAUGUUGAGCUAUGAUAAUGAAACAGUUGGAAGUCAUAUUUUAAUUAAAUAUAAGCCAACAAUUGGGACUUCACAAGAGUGCUAUGUUAUAGUAAGAAGCAAAUUAUAUGGAGAUUUUAUUUACUUUUUAAAGGGUGAAUAUAUAGAAAAAAAAAGAAUAAAAGAAAGAAUAGUGAUACAUAAUUCAUUUUGCUUGUACAAUUUUAAUAUAAAUUUAUUUAAUCCAUUUUCAUCGAAAAUAGCUGUAAAAUGUAUGCUCGAAUCAGGUAGGGAAAAUCAAGGGGGUACUGACGAACACUCUAGAAAUAGGGGUAUUGAACAUGACAAGGGAAGGAAAGAGAAAGUGUUAUUAAAUACAAAAUAUAAGUACUUUAAAUUAUUAAGUAAUGAAAAUUAUAAGAUAAAAAAGAGGAAGCACUUUACUAUUUUUUCUACUUACUUUUGUAAAUAUGCAUCAUCAAUGCAAAAGUUGUUAAUAUUAUUAUGUCCAAUUCCUAUACAAAAUAAAAAUAGACAAUAUAUAAUAUAUGAGUAUGAGUUAUUUUUUAAUAAUUCGAAAAAUGAGGGUUUUUAUGAAGUAGGGAAAAUAUUAAAAAAUGAAAAGGAAGACGAAAAUAAUUUAGGCAAGAUAAAAAAUGGGUGUAGUAAACAAUUAAAUUAUAUUUCAAGUGACAUGGAAAACUGUUUAUUAGAUGGUGGUAGUGAUGUAGAAGGUUUGGGAUUCGUUGAAAAAGAUAAUGAAUCUGGAGUUGCAUGGGUUGAUGAGAAUUUAGAGCAAGUCGAAUCAGAUGGUUCUAGCACAGUAGAUGUAAGUUCGAAAACAGACAACCACACAAUCUAUUUAGACAAACUAAGUAGGUCGGAUUCAUCAGAGGUAGAAAUAGAAGAAGUGGAGAUGGAUAAGAAGGGUGACAAGAAUGUGGACAUGAAAAAUAGUAAAGAAGUUGUUUAUUCGGAUGGGAAGAUAUUUAUUCAAAGUAUUUGUAAAAUUAAAACUAGCAUGAAAAUAUUUAUAAAUAAAGAAAAAAUAGGAGAAAUGGAAAAAUAUUAUCAUACAAUAAAUGAGCUAGAAAAAAAGAAACAAGAAAAAAAUAUUAUGCAUAGAAAUAUUUUAUUGGAAAAAUCGAAUUAUAAAAUAUUUUUUUUAAAUUUAAAAAAUUUGAAAAAUUCUGACAAGAUAGAAGAAAAUUGUAAAGACAGUUAUGGAAAUGAAGUUUUAAAUAAUAUUUUAUUUAAUAUGAAUGAAAAUUUAUUAAAUGAUUUUAUUUAUAUAAAUGUAAUUGAGGAUAAAGAAAAUUUUUUAGUCAUAAGUUUGGAGUUGUUAGCAGACAUUCCUUUUCAUUGUAACUUUUUUGUCAUGAUUAAAAAGGUGGAGAUUAAGGAAGAGAAUGGAAUUGAUCAGAAUGGAAGUGGCUUGAGUUUAAAAGAUGAAGAGGGAUGUGAAUAUGAAUAUGAUGAUAAGAUUUUAAAUGUAAAGUCUGUGAGAAGUAAAAAAAUAAAAGAGUUUGUAACAGUUGAAAAAAAUUAUUUAUUUUUAGAGAUAUUUAAUUAUAUUAAUAUAUCAAAAAAAUGUAUAAAUAUAUAUAUAGAUAAUAAUUUAUAUUCAGAAACAAAUUUAAAUAUAUUUUAUAAAAAUAAUAGUGACUCAUAUUUUGAUGCUUAUAUAGUUAGUUACAAUCAAUUACGUGAUAAAACAAAUUUAGAUGAGAUACAUAAUUACAGUAUUAAACCUAAAAAAGGAAUAUUAAAAUAUAAUAAUUUUAAUAAAUUUAUAAUUACAAGAACAAACAAAAUAAAUAUUAUGGCAUUUAAUAGUUCAUUCUUAUUGUUGAUUAAAACGGAGAAUAGUCUUUUCUCUUACAUCGUUUCAUCGCAUUUUACACCAUCUCAUGAGUUGCGUACCGAGGCUGAAAAGAAUAUGAUAAGGGAUAUUUUAAAGGAAAACAGAACAAAAUUUAGCAUAUUUUUCAACGAGUUUAAGCAGGAAAAAAGAGAAAGUGCAAUAUUUAAUCAAAAAGAUGAAAUAAUAAUUUAUGACAUUUCAGAGUCGAACGAAAUACAAAGUGUACAUGAUAUAAAAAACGAAAAUGAUGAAUACAAAAAAGGUGUGGGGAAAGCCACAAUUUGCGACCAUUCCAAUGUUAUAGAAAUUAAAAAGGGGACUACAAUAAAGUGCAAUAAUAUGAAUGUAUCAAUUUUUUUUACUUUGAAUUAG